AACCCAAGUCCACCACAAAAAGAAUCUCCGAAUUCGUCGGAGAGAAAAUCUACUGUUCACACAAUUCAGUGACUUGGAGAGGUAGAGAGAAGAGACUCAGUCAGUCACUGAGGGAGUGUUUUUGUCACAAACUCAGACAAUCUCCAAGAGCAAUGUUACCUUCUUUUCGAUCAAUCUUCGCUUUGCUUUCUUGUGUUCCUGAGAUUCUUUUGCAGAGACGGUAAUGGGAAACGCUGGUGACAGAAAAGGUCAAGGUGGCCCUUCUGGAGUUAAGAAGCCUGAAGAAAAGUGUGAACAUUAUAUGGAGUUUGGACAGGGUGGGACACUCCUUAACUAUCAUGUCCCAGGGCUCGUGGUUUACUCUCCCUCUCACAACCCCAGGGCCUACCAGUCGCCCUCUAAUCCAGAGGUGCUAGUGAGUUCCAUUCACACACUGCCUCAAAGUAUAAUGGAUAAUAAAGAUAAGUUCUAUGGUAGAUGGAUUUCUGCUGAGAUAACAUGGAACUGUGCUGGCAAUUCAGUAGCUGUAUUGGGAUCGUGGGACAACUGGCAGACAAUUGAGCCCUUGCAGCGUACAGGCGAAAAUUUUACUGUUACAAAGGUGCUUCCAGUAGGAAUCCAUUACUACCGCUUCAUUGUUGAUGGAGUGUUGGUAUGUGCUUCAGACUUGCAAUUGAUCUGUGAUGACUAUGGAAAUCGCUAUAAUAUUUUGAACUUGCAGGAGGAAGUCCUAAAAGCGCCUUCAAAUGGUCCUGCACAUUUGUCUGAGUUUGAAUGUCCUCCUUCCCCACCAUCAAGCUAUGACAAUAGAUUUUUCACUGAUGAAGAUUUUUAUUAUAGAACCAAAGAAGGGAAGUUUCGUGAGUUGCAACCACCACAACUACCACCACAACUAGUAGAAGCAUUUUUGGAUAAGCCAUCAUCCUCAGCUGAUAUUCACCAUUCUCUCUCAAGGCCUGAGUUUUCACAGUUGAAUCAUCUGUACACUCAACAAACGGAUGGUGAUCAGUAUGUGGCCAUCACCUCAACACAGAGGUUUGGCAAUAAAUAUGUUACGGCAAUAUUAUUUAAGCCUUUGCCCGAAACCAAAUAAACACAUCCUCUUUUCUUUUUUCUUUUUUAGAUAUUGAAGUUAGCUUUUAUUUGGCAUCUAUGACUUUGUGUAGGAAAUUACUAUUCUCAUCGAUUUAGUAGGUGGGGAAAAGAGCUAGCCCAGGGUAGAGUAGGAUCUGUUGCAACAUAAUUCACUAGUGCAAUUGCUAUUCAUUUUGAGCAUAAUUAUUUUCCUUUUACUUCUUUCUCAUUUCUAAGCUUCUGUACCCUUGUAGAGAAUUCACAUUUAUUUGGAUAUAAUCGAAUUUGCAAAGGUUUUACUAGUGAGCCGACAA